CGGGAACAGCGAGGACGUCAUAUGACAUAAUAUUUUCGCCGUGUUACCGUUCGAUAAAUAAUCAACGAAUUAUUAUUAAAAGGAGUAAUUGGGAUUUAUCUAUCGUUCGUUAACGAAUUGUUCUUAAAAAAGGAAGCGAAAUGGCUGUUCAACCAAAUCAACAGUUCAACAUGGACAAUGCGACGCAACAGAGCUUUAUCAGAUUCUUCAAAAAUCUUCCUGAAAAACCAUCUAGUACAAUACGAUUUUUCAAUAGGACAGAUUACUAUACGCUACACGGCAGCGAUGCCUUAUUCGCGGCUAAGGAGAUUUACAAAAGUACAGCUGGCUGCAAGAUGCUUGGCGCCGAGCCAUACAAAACGGAAGGAUUGAUCCUAAGCAAGUCCAACUUUGAAAACUUUGUUCGUGACUUGUUGCUUGUGAAACAGUACAGAGUAGAAGUAUUCGUUAAUCAAGGAUCAGGAAAGAAUCAGGAUUGGAUUCUGGAAUACAAAGGAUCUCCAGGGAAUUUAGUUCAAUUUGAGGAUAUUUUAUUCAGCAAUAAUGAUGUCGCAGUUAGUACCUCGGUUAUGGCUGUGAAACUUGGUGGUGAGGCGAAAAAUAGGAUAGUCGGAGUAAGUUGCGUCGAUUCAGUUGAGCGUUUAAUAUCUGUUUGCGAAUUUACUGACGACGAUUUGUUCUCGAACCUAGAAGCACUUGUGAUUUCCCUCGGACCAAAAGAAUGCUUAAUAAUUCAAGGGGAUGGCAGUCAAGAGUUUCAAACUUUAAAACAGUUAAUGGAACGAAGUAACAUCAUGGUCACACUAAGGAAGAAAAGUGAUUUUUCAACGGAUUCAAUUGUUCAAGACAUGAACACGCUUCUGAACUUCAAGAAAGGCCAGCAAAGAAAUGCCCAAACGCUUGUGGAAAUGAAUUUAAAAGCGGCUAUGGCGGGAACAUCAGCGAUUAUUAAAUAUCUUGAGUUGACAUCAGACGAAGGAAAUUUCAAUCAGUUCAAGGUGAAACAGUUGGAACAGUCUAGAUUCGUCAGAUUAGAUGCAGCAGCAGUGAGAGCGCUCAGCAUUGAACCACGAAGCGAUAUUCCUUCUGGGACAAGUACAGGUGCUCCGAAUAGCAUACUGAAUCUCUUGGAUCGAUGCAGAACCCCGCAAGGACACAGAUUGAUAUCUCAGUGGAUUAGACAACCGCUGCGAGAUAUUGCAUUGAUCAAAGAACGACACGAUAUUGUUGAAGCUUUGGUAAAAGACAACGAAUUGAGGUCCUCUCUGAUGGAAGAUCAUCUGAGACGUGUACCCGAUCUUCAGCAGCUUGCAAAAAAGUUGGCUAAAAAGAAAGUCACUCUACAGGACUGUUGCAGAAUUUACUUUUGCGUCUCGCACUUGCCAGUACUCGCCGAGCAAUUGUCUAAUCUAAAAUAUGGGGCGGCGAUGAAAGCAAUGAUUGUAGAUCCACUCAGAGAGCUUAUUUCUGAUAUGGAUAAGUAUCAACAAAUGAUAGAACAAACUAUUGAUCUGGAAGCUGCAGAGAAGGGUGAUUACAUGGUGAAACCAGAAUUUAAUAACGAUUUGCAAGAGCUUAAGCUGAAAAUGAAUGAUUUGGAGGAAGAAAUACAAGGCCUGAUCAACAAAGUUGCCACAGACUUAUCUCUUGAAGCUGGAAAAGUUCUGAAAUUGGAAUCGAAUCAACAGUUCGGAUAUUACUUCCGAAUAACGUUGAAAGAAGAAAAGUCUAUCAGGAACAAGAAAGGCUACACAACUAUAGAUUCGAACAAAAGCGGCGUGAGGUUUACAAACCAAAAACUGACAUCUCUUAACGAAGACUUCGUAAGCGUCAGGGAUCAGUAUUUCGAAGAACAAAAAUCUGUCAUUUCAGAAAUCAUCAACAUCGCAGCCGGAUAUACCGGACCAGUUCAUUCCAUUGGUUCUGUGUCAGCUCAGCUCGACGUACUUACAGCCUUUGCAUUAGCUUCAGCUAAUGCUCCGAGAGCUUACAUUAGACCAGAAAUGUGUCCCAGUGAUGUCGGCGAGUUAAAUCUUAUCCAGGCGAGGCAUCCGUGCCUAGAACUCCAGGAAGGGGUGGAUUUCAUCGCAAACGAUGUCAGCUUCAAAAAAGAAGAAUGCACCUUUCAUAUAAUAACUGGGCCAAAUAUGGGCGGAAAAAGUACGUACAUUCGAACAACAGGAGUUGUUGCUCUGCUAGCUCACAUUGGCUGUUUUGUGCCUUGUGACAGUGCAAAGAUUUCAAUACUUGAUUGUAUUUUGGCGAGAGUCGGAGCCGAUGAUUCUCAAACUAAAGGACUUUCUACCUUCAUGACUGAGAUGAUUGAAACAGCGGCUAUUUUGAGGACCGCAACCUCUAACUCUCUUGUCAUAAUCGACGAACUUGGUAGAGGAACUUCCACGUAUGAGGGUUGCGGAAUAGCUUGGGCUAUAGCCGAUCAUUUGGCCACAGAACUCAAACCUUACUGCCUCUUCGCUACUCAUUUCCACGAAAUAACGAGACUAGCAGAAGAUGUACCAACAGUAAAGAACCUCCAAGUCACUGCAGUCGUUGGAGACAACAAGCUCACUUUACUCUAUCGCGUUAAACCAGGUGUUUGCGACCAAAGUUUCGGAAUACAUGUUGCUAAAAUGGCAAACUUUCCAGACGACGUUGUGGAGGUCGCCGAGAAAAAACUGAUUGAAUUGGAAGAUUGUCAAAAAGUGACUUUUGAAGGCUCAGACGACCCAGCAGUUAGAAGAAAAAUUAUAAAAGCUGGAGACGAGCUGAUCGCGAAUUUUGCAGCCAAAUGCAAAGCACUUGAUCCAUCAUUAACGAAACCAGAAAUUGAAAACAAAAUCCAGUUAUACAAGGAAGAGAUCCUUUCUCACAACAAUCCUUAUAUAAAUGCACUGUUGGCGAGUCCAUGAAACCAUUGAUAUCUUGAGCGCUUUGUAAAGGAUACAAA